CAGGACAGUGUGAGUACUCCUACACCCCCUGGAGAGUGCCAGUCAGUUCUGCUCAUUAGUGCCCUUCAGUGCUGCAUAUUAGUGCACAUCAGUGUCACCCAGGGGCGGACUGACCAUAUGGAAACUUGGGCACUGCCCGAGGGCCCGGGGUCAGUAGGGGGCCCCAUAAGAUGCCCCUGGUACCUUUUUCAUAGGCUUUUUAAAGUUUGGGCAAGGACACAGGGGCCCCAUGAUCCCCUAUUGCCCGGGGGCCCCAUGAGUUGUCAGUCCGUACCUGCUUCAUCAGUGAUC